AUGCCAACGGGAUUCGUCACCGCAAAAAUACCCGAAGAAGUAGACAAGCCAUUCUGUCUGGCUUUCCUUCAUAAGGUCGGCCUGAGUAAGUAUUAAUGUAGUUAACCUACUGGUACUUAUUUCAUUUUGCAGUUGGUCAGGUUGGCACCAGCUCCCUCAUAUACGCGAAUACCGAGCGCCAAGUUGUCGAUUUGAUAACAACACUGUCUGCCGAAGGCCUAGAUGUCCGCAUGCUGCACGGGUGAACAUUUUAAAAUGUCGCUUGAAUGAAAUUCCAGUUUUUCAGGGGCCUCUCUUUGUCAAUGUUCAAAAAAAAUUUGAAAGACUUCCGUGAAGGAAAGUGUCCCAUCCUAGUUCUGACAGACGUUUUGGACGGGGCUCUCGUCUCUCCGAACGUGAGCUUAGUGGUGCUGUACGAUCUGCCAAGACGAGAGCAAGAGCUCGGUAACAGGAUCAAGCAAAUUGGAACAAAAGACGGCGACGUUUUCUGCUAUAUCGACAUUGAAAACGAGUCGGACCGUCGCCUCACCCCAGCGCUGGUCGAGCGGAUGGGCCAUCGCCAAGCUCCUGACUGGCUGCUUCAUAUGGCAGAAAGACAACGUCAGUUCUUGGAUAACCAGUCAAAGCAGGUGUGCUGUUGCUAUCAUUGUCCGAACCUAACGGAAAUUUCGGUUUCAAUGCUGAAAAAAGCGCUGAAAUCGGCUGAAAAAGAACAAGCGAAAGCGGAAAACAAGUUGAAGGUGAAUGCGAUUUGUUUUCGAUAUCAUCACUAUGAUCUUUGCAGGCUGCUCGUGAAAAAGUUCAGACUCUCAGAAAUUUGCUCUCUAUCAACUGAUCAAUUAUUGUCUUACUGUCUCUCGUGUCUUUUGCCUUUUACAAGUUUUUCUUUCUCCAUCUUCUAUCUCCAUUACUUUUUAUCAAGCAUUUCUGAAACACAAGUGGGUUCACCAAAGGGUUGGCUUGUCGACCAUUGUCUUCAAAUGCAUCAAUGCACUUAAUAUUCCAGGCAAAAUCUAUUGAUUUGGUUGUACCUUUCGUUUUUUUGUCUCAUUUCAAUAUGUUUUUACUGCUAUGGUUGUACACACAAUAUGUUCUCCCUUUUUUGAUGUCACUUCUACUAUUAUUCCGUCAAUAAAGUUUUUUAUCAAUAAACCAAGCUUCCAAUAUAUAUAUGUAUAUACCAGGCUGAAAUUUAUCGAAUUGGCUCACUCGCUGCUUUUGAUUUUAUUAUGGACAAAUAACUGCCAAAAUAAACAUAAAAAGUGUUGACCAAUCUCAAAUAGAAUGGGAGGAGAAGUAAAGCGAGUGAGGAACUUUAAUGGAAACAAAAUAUUCAGUGUAUAGAAAAUGAAAAAACGGAGAAAAGGUUGUGAAAAUUGUUGGCGGGACACAAUGACAAUUAUGGACGAGGGUAUUUCGUCGUUAUUCCCCUCGGCGUUGACGUCCUGCAACAUUUAUUAUUGUUUUCUAAAGGUGAUUAAAGAAAAACUGACUUUGUACUGCUGCCAUACGAGUCCGCCAGUCCGGGGCUUGUUGGUGCCCGAUCGACUUGACCAGUGCAGAGGUGAGCCACCGGUCCGACUCGUUUUUGAGGUCCACGAAGCAGUGAACGUUGCCUUCUGUUCUUCCAAUCUGUUCGAUCCUAUUGACGAGCACUCUCUCUCCCCGUGAGCACGAUUAUUGACAGCUUUCCCUCACGGAAGUCUUUUUGAAUUUGUUUGAACCUUCCUGUCGAUUGUUUUCAAUCAACGUUUUCUUUUCAGGAUCGAAAAUCCACCACAAGCCACUUCAACGCCGACGAAGAAUCAUCGCUCUGACACUCGAUUUGGAACUGUGCACAGAUACGACGAAUUCGAUUGGUUUGAGGAUGAUAACAUGUUCCGUAAACCAUUCAAUCCGCCAAAAAUUGAGAAGCCAAAGGCUUCACCAGGAUCCGGUUCGGCCGAGCUGGCCUUAAAAAAUCCAGAGCAAGGUUUCAGCUAA